AUGGCGUCAUCAACAGGAGGAACGGCAGGUGGUGGAUUGUUGAAGGAGUGGUUAGAGAAAUUGAAGGAUGAGGGGAAAUUAGGUGGUAGUGCUGGGGACAUUACAGACAUGUUCAAGGGCGAUUUGGAAGAAGCAUGGGGUAAAUUGAGGAAUAGAUUGGAGAAGGGGGAGGGGGGGGAAAUUGCGUACCUCUGUUCUAAUGGGGUACCAUGGGCUGGGAAAGAUUUGGGUUACCCCGAGCACUAUAAGCAAGAUCUAUGUAAAGCCGUACUUGAACUAAGAUUCUUUACAGCCGGCAUGGAAGCCGUGAGGGGACGGCGAACCGUGAGUCGGGAGGGGAACAUUCUCCCCUCACAGUGGUAUCCACGUUGUAUUGUUGGCGCGGUAGCUUUAUCUGAAAUAUAUGGUGAUCACUGUCAUUUGAAGGAUGUGAUUAGUCACGUAUCCGACAGAGUUGAAGCGAAGUUGCACUUACAUAAGAAUGAAGGGGCAGAGUUGGAUAAAUGUAAAGGCAUCACUUGGGAUGAUGUACUCCUCGGUAAAUCCGUCCUUCGCGGCGCAAUCAAGGAUUGGGUUAACGAGGAAAGGACAAAAGGGAAGGGAGUGGGGAAGUGGAGAGUGGGGCACCUUUGGGAUGAUAGGUGGAUGAGAGUAUGCCCGGAGAGGGGGAAGGGUGCGGAGGAAAUAGCUGAAGCAAAGAGGAAAGCAAAGCAGGAAAAUGCGGACAGUUUAACAACAUUAGUGAAAGUGGGCCCGGAGACCACUUCCACCCAACCUGGUCAACCAACCAUGGCUCAAGUAUUAGCGCAGGACAACUUAACUUUAGAAUUAAAAACAGUACAAGAUGCACUUCAGGACAUAGUGUCCAAUGGCAGCGUCGACCCAGGGAAACUGGCAGCAGCAAUGGAGAAAGUAACGAAGGCAUUUAAGGAAAAGGAAGGUAA